UCAAAUCUUACUUGUAAAUCUUGGAGGCUCUACCAGGAAACUGCUAAUCUCGAGUCCUGGACGAAUCAGCUCUUCGCCGCGUCAACGCCGGCGGAACAGCUGAGUUCCAUAAGAUUGGUUGGUGGUGACCUGAACAGACGAUACGAAGUCAACUAGGCAUAGAAGCAAAGACUGAAAAAGUAGCCGCGAGAUCGAUCGUACCGAUACGCAACAUAAAUGGCAUCCAACAGCCCGAUACUGCCGUUGACGGGGACCGAUGCGCCGCCGAAAUCGGAGGAGAAAAUUUUCAAAGGAUCUCCCAUGACAAAGCGCGGAGCCUAUGCUGCUAUCUCUUACAUGGCUUGUGCUGUGCUCUUGGUAUUGUUCAACAAAGCAGCUCUUUCUUCAUAUAACUUCCCCUGUGCUAAUGUCAUCACUCUUUGUCAGAUGAUAUGUUCAUGUUGCUUCCUUUAUGCAUUACGACGCUGGAAACUCAUUUCAUUUCAUGCGGGUGAGGCUGCAAUGGUUGAUACUUUUAAAAGUAUGGUGCCAUUAAGGACUCUGAUCAACACCUCACCAGUUGCUGUGACCUAUUUGCUUUACAUGCUAGCUACUAUGGAAUCUGUUCGGGGAGUAAAUGUUCCCAUGUAUACAACCUUAAGGAGAACAACUGUUGUAUUUACAAUGAUUGUGGAGUAUAUCCUUGUAAGGCAGAAGUACACCCCUCCAAUUCUUGGAAGUGUCGCAUUGAUUGUACUUGGUGCUUUUAUUGCGGGAGCUCGGGACUUGUCCUUUGACUACUAUGGGUAUCUUGUUGUUUUCCUAUCCAACAUCACCACGGCAAUAUAUUUAGCAACCAUAGCACGCGUUGGAAAAUCUAGUGGCCUCAACAGUUUCGGUCUCAUGUGGUGCAAUGGAAUCCUUUGUGGACCUGUGUUAUUGAUAUGGACAUUUAUUCGAGGUGACUUGGAGAUGACAAUGAAUUUUUCUUCUUUGCUUUCUCCUGGGUUCCUGGUUGUAUUGCUACUUUCCUGCAUACUUGCUUUCUUCUUGAAUUAUAGCAUUUUCCUGAACACGACUCUCAAUUCAGCACUCACGCAGACUAUCUGUGGCAAUUUGAAGGACCUUUUUACUAUUACACUAGGGUGGAUAAUAUUUGGUGGGCUUCCAUUUGACAUCUUGAAUGUUAUUGGGCAACUUAUUGGAUUCUUCGGGUCUGGUUUAUAUGCGUAUUAUAAGCUCAUUGGGAAGUGACAGCUGAAGAUGCCGGUGUAGGUUUUCUGGUAAUAGAGAAUUUAGUUUUGGCUUUUGCCCCAUUUCUCAAUCAACGGUGCUGGCUCGUUGAAAAGUAGCCACUUGCAUGGCUAGGGAAUUUUGUACCAUGAAGAAGAUGUUCGGGCCUCAAAAUGACUGUGUCUCAACACAGUUUCUCAAUUGUAGUUAUUACGGAUGGAUUAAGCCCUAGAAGUUGAAGCAGUCAUAGUAGAUUUUGCAGUGAUCACCCCUGAUGAGACUAUGCUUUUUUAUCUUUUGUAAAGGAUGGAAUUAUUCUUUGCCUCCAACUGUAAUCUCAGGCCUAGUGUAUAAUUUGGCCGGAAACAUGGUCAACAAUUGUCAAUGUACCAUAUAUUUACAGGAAACAGAAGUCAGGAUUCGAUUGUGAUGUUUGAAGGUGAU